AUGUUUUUGGGCACGUUUGAUCAAAAGCACGGUAUGAACAAAAACCUUGAAAUAUUAAUAAAUCAAAUAUCAAAACAACAAUACACAAUAAAUUCAAGAGUACCUGACAAGGAUCUUUGUCUUAAAAAAUUAACGUACGAACGAUGGACGUAAACUUGUAUAGUUUAACCUACUAGUAAGCAAGACUUGGAAGUAGUGUUUUACAAACAUGGGAAUGUGUUUCCGUUUGUUUUUAAAUUAAUUAUAACUUGUGUGUGAAUAUGGAGAUACGUACACGGCUUUGUGAUUAGGAGCUUAGAUUACAAAGAUUAAAAUACGUGAAUAGGAAGGUUAAAAUAAGGUUACGGUUUGCCGGUUUUUUAAUUUUAUAAUGGCGCGAAGUGUAAACUUAAAAUAAUAAUAAAAAGAUAAAAAUUGGAAAAAAUUGAAAUUUAUGGAAGUAAGAAACAUUCAUCGUACAUAAACCGAAAAUUUUUUGACAAAUUAGCACGUAGCACGAAGGGUGGAACAACAAGGAGUAUGACCAAAAAUUAGAAUGACGCAUUUUGAUUAAAAAUAAGAGGGUGGGAGCAUGGGGGAGAGGUUGGUAUUAUUGAAACAUUAACUUUUUGAAAAGUAAUCCUGGGCACUUCUCAAAGCCAAUUUUCGGACUUAGGGGUACAUAAUUGUUUGAACAACCUUAAUGAUAGUAAAACCUGUCGUUUAUGAAAUUUUUUGUAUUGAGGCUUUGGGCUUCUGAACGUAUUGUGAAUGUUACUAGCGUAAAAAGGCUAAACACUGAUUGAUUACAAGAAUGAUGUAAUAAAAGUAAAUCUCUGCAAGGCUAGUACACAUUAUAUCAAAAAAAAAAACGCGGCUUAUACGCUGUAAAAUACGUAUUGAAAAAAUUCGUGAAUAAAAAUUGCAUGAUAUGAUAGAGGGUUAUGUUGUUUGUCGACAACUUAACUUUGCUUUAUUGUCACGAAAUGCGGUUGAAAUUGAGUUAUGGCGCGUCUCGAAAAACAUUCAAUAAACUAACUUUAAUUUAAUUUGGACUGUUUAAACUGGAUAGAUUUAAAAAUAUGGUACAUUGUUAAAUUGUAUAGUCUGGUUAUUGUCUUCUAUACUCUAGGUACAGUAUUAUAUUCUGGUUCUCUAGAUACAGUAAGAAGUAUUGUUAUAAGCUUUUUUGUUUUAUAGCGGGUUCCUAUACAGGUUAAAGUGGCUUUUAAUAUUAAUUUUUACUUCAUUAACAAUAAAAAAUGACAUUUUAUAUCUAUUCUAAUGUACUUAAGAUUUAACGUUCAUUCUUUUCAGAAGGCCAUUUGAUCUCAGCGUUUUGGAAAUGGAACGAUUUGACGAGUUUUGUUGUGGCACUGGUCUUGUUCUCGAUUGUUACUGCCAUCAUUACCUACUUGUUUUCUGGGGUGAGUUUUGAUAGUAAUGUUUGAACUUUUUAUGUUAUUUUUUAAACAUAGGAAGUUUUAUUUUUAUUCAAAAUUUUAAAUUUUGCUUAAAAAUUGAAGUUCAGCUUAUCUAUUACCUAAAAAUCAAUAUUCAUUAUAUAUUUUCAGUACAAAAUCUUUGUGGAAGGCUUAGGAUUGGUGGCCGUCUUAACUGAAGCUUGUUUGGGUCUACCACAGCUGAUUCGCAACUUCCAACGACGCUCGACACAAGGAAUGAGUGUGAACAUGGUACUAAUGUGGCUGUUGGGAGAUUUGGGAAAAACUGUCUACUUUGUGGUCAGAGGUAAUCCGGCACAAUUCUGGAUCUGCUCACUAUUACAGGUAGGGGUUUGGCUUUGAAAUGGUGGUUUUUAGCUGGAAUUUGGGCUAAGGCAAGGGUUUGUGGUGAAAAACCUAACUUGUGUAAGUCCGGCUCAGCCUUAUGAUGGGCUGGGUCGGCCUUGAGCUACAUUUGAAACGGACUAAAUGUUCAGUCUGGCUCGUCGGGUUGGGCUUGAAAAUUAAAAAAAAUUGCUUUAGUGAUUUUUAAAAAUGUCAAAGCUUUUUAGAGUUUUUUCUUUAAUUUUAUCGUUUUUCAGAUCACAAUUGACGUACUUAUCUUAGGACAAGUAUACUUUUACAACCGUGGUAACGCCCGUAUUCCAACUUAUGUACCAUCAUCACAAGCCAAAUUAUAA